CCACCACUACUAAAUAUAAAUCUGCAAUUCAGAUGAGACACAAUAAGUUGAUUGUAUUCCAUGGAAAGAUCGUCAAUGCAGCACUGAAAUGCUUCCAAACUCGAUCUAAGAAAAUUGCUCAAUUCAAGAAAGCACUUACCGGACGGAUCGAAGAGUAUUUUGCUCAUUUCAAGAAAGUUAUGAGUAAACUCAACGAGAAAAAGGUUAAAGUUUAUCGCUGUCUUCUAUAUAAGAUCCAUGGAUCAAAAACUUGGGAAAAAGAAAUUGUCGACGCUGUUGUGAAUGAAUAUAAAACCAAAUUAACAAACAAACUUGAUGUCACUUUUAAUUCCUACGCGGACAAAAUUAACGGUUUCAAAGAUGUGAUAGUUCAAAGAUACGCAUGCUCUUAUCAAUGCACAACAUACACUGGAUGCUUGAACUUUUUCAAGAAGAAGUAUUAUAAUUCAUGCAAAAAACUUGGAACAUGGUGGACUUUCCGAUACACGAAGAAAAUUCGUUGCUUCAAGUUUGCUAACUAUAGAUAUUAUGCCUGGAGGAAGCCUGAAUUCAAGAAAUUGAAAACUUGCAAUAUCGAAACAGUGAACAAAUCUUCCGCCAAAUUCGAGGUCGAUUUGACCAAGAAAGUGAAAACUGCAGUCAGCGCUGCAAAAGAAGCAUACAAGACAUGGGAAUUGAAAUGGACGGGACUUCAUAAGAAAUAUUAUGAAAAAUAUCAAACGAUUAUUACAAAAAGACAUAAGUGGUUGAUCAAGGCUUUGGAAGCAACAUACUACGUCAGGCAAGGACGCCUCUGCAAGAUGGCAAUAUGUAAAAUCGAAUCAUACACUAUGAAACUGGCAAGUCAGAAAACUAAAGCUCUCGAAUGUUACGAAAAAAUGUUGGCCGAUCGAUUGAUUACAUCGGGAAAGGUUUACGUCAAAAGGAUAGAAAAAUACAGAAGCAAUUUGAAAAAGUUAGCUGAAAAAAUAACUGCUCGUUAUCAAACUUGCCUCAACACAAGAACGAAGAAAAUUGAGAAUCAUACUCAGACUUUGAAUGAGAAGAAAGACAAAUUGAGAGAAGCGUUGAAGAAUGGUCUGGCCAAGGUUUCUAAAAUGAAGAUUAAUCAAUACAAAAAGAUGUUGGCUUUCUACUUUGGCGAAGAGUUUGACGGAGCUGUAUCUGAUCUCUUCGGUGCAUACAAAAGCAAGGUCAACAGUCAAUAUCUCGCAAUUCUCGAUGAGUUCGACCAAUACUGGAAUGAUAUGAUUCCAAAACUUGAACAACAUUACGCCUGUGGAUACAAAUGCAAUUAUGCUGUCAAGUUUACUCUUCCUGUUAUGAAUUGCUCGUCGUUCCAGUGGAGGAUUGUUUAUCCAACCACAUGCAGCUAUAAGUUCAGUCUGAAAUAUUACAGGCAUUACUAUAGAUACGUUCUCAAGCAGAACAAAAGUGGAUGUUACAUUUGGAGCAAAUAAUUGCAAGUGGACGGCUAAUAACGACGACACAUCGAAAUUUUAGAUAACCAUAGUCUAAACUAGAAACAUAGUUUUGGUGAUUGUUGAAAUAAAUGUUGUCGCAUAUUA